CACACGCGCAUAGACACACACACACACACACACACACACACACACACACACACACACACACACACACACACACACACACACACACAUACACACACACACCCGCUGGAAGACAAACGCUCCGGUCCUCCUCCCACCUCCCCACAGCUCCUGAGAGCGGCUCAAAGAACGGGAACUAUCUUUUUUUUUUUAUAACCACAUGAAUGGGACUUUUCCAUGCGCUGGAUCCCGAACCUGUCUCUGUGUGGACGCAGACAGAAGGACAGUUUUUUUUUCCUUCCUAUAGUCAAACCCGGGGUGGAAAAGACGCAGCAAUGACAGAGCAGCAGUCGUGCGCAGCGGCAAAAUAGAGCAACUAUUGUGGGGACGAGAGAUUGAUAACACAACUGGGCGAGCUACGAAAGGGCGGCAGACGUAAUUUCCAAACGUUGCAGCUGGCUUUGUGCGCUUGAUGGGCUGUUACUGCGUUUUGCUUUUCAUCAUUGACUCCUUCAACAUUACUUGGACGGCUGUCCGUGCGGGAGUACCGCUGCUGCUGCAGAGACUGACGGGGAAUGCCAUGUGUCGUUGCGCGACAUAGAAGCUCUUUGUGGGUUGUUUUGCACCGGGGACAGGUGGUGCCCCGCGCGCGCGCGCGUGUGUGUGUGUGUGUGUGUGUGUGUACGUGUUGCAAACUAGCAGGGGGCAGAAACACACAGCCCCUGAGACAGUUGUCAUAGGGAUGUCAGGCCGGCGUACAGGAUCAGUUUUUUGCCAGAGACAGGUGCGACAAGGAGGAGUAGUUUACAAAGCCAUGCACGGGAUCUGGUAAGGUCCUCUACUCGGAUCACACUGGGAUUUUUUUUUUUGUAUCCCGCGGGACACACAACCUACUCAAACGGCACCUUUUACCCAAGAUAAUCAAAGACUCUGCCGUUCUGUUGCUAUGGCAACCGUGGCCCCUCCCUCCUUCUUCCUCCUGCUUUUUUGUCUGCUCCAGACGACCAGCUCGGCUUUUCCAGAGGAGCCAGGACCCCUCAACUACAUCCCCACAGAAGUGGUGAGAAGACAUGCAGUGUUUCUGGGCCGACCUCAUCGAACAUGGCUGAGACAAGAACCUCUACACAUCCAGCGGGUCCUCCAAGUCAACCGAACACUCUACAUAGGAGCUAGGGACGACCUUUUCCGUGUGGAGUUGGACAUCGUAGCAGGAGAUGAGAUGUUCUACAGCAAGAAGAGAACGUGGGAGUCCAACAAGAAUGACAUCAGGAUCUGCAGGAUGAAGGGCAAGCAUGAGGAUGAGUGUCGAAAUUUCAUGAAGGUGCUGCUCAGCAGGCAAGGCGGCUUGUUUGUGUGCGGGACGAACGCCUUUAACCCGCUAUGUGCCAACUAUACGGGAGACACUCUUGAGAUGAUAGCAGACCCGGUCAGUGGAAUGGCGAGAUGCCCGUAUGAUCCUAAACACGCCAAUGUUGCUCUGUUUGCAGAGGGGAAUCUGUUUACAGCCACAGUGACAGACUUCCUUGCCAUCGAUGCGGUGAUCUACCGGAGCCUUGGGGACAGUCCUGCUCUGCGCACCGUCAAGCACGACUCCAAGUGGUUCAGAGAGCCGUAUUUCGUCAGUUCUGUGGAGUGGGGACCUCACAUCUACUUCUUCUUUAGAGAGAUAGCCAUGGAGUUCAAUUACUUGGAGAAGGUGGUCGUGUCACGUGUGGCCCGGGUUUGUAAACGGGAUCAGGGCGGGUCCCAGCGCGUCCUGGAGAAGCAGUGGACGUCGUUCCUGAAGGCCCGUCUGAACUGCUCCGUCCCCGGUGACUCCCACUUCUACUUUAACCUGCUGCACUCCACCAGCCCCAUCAUCAGGAUGCACGGCAGGGACAUAAUCUUGGGGGUGUUCUCCACACCGGCUAACAGUAUCCCAGGAUCGGCCGUGUGCGCUUUCGACAUGGAGCAGCUGGCCUCGGUGUUUGAGGGGAGGUUCAAGGAGCAGAAAUCACCGGAGUCUAUUUGGACGCCAGUUCCAGAUGAAGUCAUCCCAAAGCCGAGACCUGGGGGCUGUGCUGUUCAAGGAUCCAGGUUUAAUUCCUCCAACUCAUUUCCUGAUGAGAUGCUCAACUUUGUUAAAACCCAUCCUCUGAUGGAUGAAGCUGUGCCGUCGCUCGGACAAAGACCGUGGAUAGUCAGAACCAUGGUCAGGUAUCAGCUGAAUAAGAUGGUGGUGGAUACAGAAGCCGGACCUCAUAGAAACCGGACCGUCCUGUUUCUUGGGUCAAGCAGGGGGACCAUCCUGAAGUUCCUCAUCAUGCCCAACCAGGAUAACACCGUCACUAACAGCAACAUCUUCCUGGAGGAGCUUGAGGGCUACAACCCUGACAAGUGUGCUGAAGACUCUCCACAGGCCAGGCAGCUGUUGUCUCUAACUCUGGAUCGAGUGAGCCACACUCUGCUCCUGGCCUUCCCCUCCUGUGUGGUCAGAGUACCGGUGGCACGAUGCCAACUCUACUCCAGAUGCAUGAAGAACUGUAUCGCCUCGAGGGAUCCUUACUGUGGCUGGACCAGAGGAAGCACCUGCUCUUUCCUCAGACCUGGGACCAGACUGCCGUUCGAGCAAGAUGUUGAACAGGGAAACGUGGCCCACUUGGGUGACUGUGACGGGAACCUGCUGCAGGAGAGUUUCAUGGAGGAGCCCGACGGCCUGGUGUCUGUAAACCUGCUGGUGGUGUCUGCGGUUUCAGCUUUCGCCACAGGAGCCGUCCUCUCUGGCCUGAUCGUCUGCUGGAUCAUGAGUCACCGCCACCGCCAUUCACGAGGGUCGGGAGUCAAUGGUGCUCGUCGCAAGAGCGACAAAGAGCAGAGCAUGCUGGGGCAGGGUCGCAGCGGGUCGGUAAUGAGCGUGACUAGAACUAGUGGCGGCGAGAGGAGGCGAUCACAGGUGGACAAUCCCUUUGUCAUGCCAAACGGCUGGCCUAAAGGAGAGAUGGACCCCGGCUUGCUACCCACUCCGGAGCAGACCCCACUGCAGCAGAAGCGAGCACUGCGUCUCCCCGAUACCGACUGGGACCAGAGCCAGACCUUCCUCACUGCCGUGGGGACCACCUGCCCCAACAACUCGGUCAUCUACCUGAGCUCCAAGUUCCUUCAUGGAGGCGGAGGAGGGGGAGGGAUGGUCCGGAUAGAGGACCCAGGGGAGGUCAUGCUGCCCCCACACACAGAGCGCCAGCGGUACCUGAUCCUCGCCACGCAGAGAGGGGAGCAUGGCAGUGGUCGUGCCAGCGGCAGCCUGAGGAACUCAGCGGGAGAAUACAUCUACCCUGCAACGCCGCAGGACUCCCCCGACCGACGGAGGGUAGUGUCCGCUCCAACUCCUCACAUGGACUAUGGGGAGCCUCGCUGGAGUCACGAGGCACUCAACUACAACAGCAACAAUGGAGCACCCUACCACCCCCAACGACAGGGCCUGAUCAGGCCCGACAUGCAUGGGCCCCGAGGGCUGGGAGAACUGGCGGACUUUAGCCACCUCAUGGGGAAGAACAUGGGAGAGCGCAACCCUAGUGGCCAGUGAGGGAAAGUAAUUGAGCUCUCUCUGAAUGGUCAUUCCCUCCACAGCAGACUGGAAUAAAUCCACCCCACAGACUCCCAGUCCAACCUUACCCUGUCUGUCCUCUCUCACUGUCAUUCAAUGUCCUGAUGUCAUUCAGCAGACUGAAGAGAGAGACAGAGAGAGAGAAAAGAAACAAAGAGAGAGUCGAAAGAGAGGAAAAAAACUCCUCUCACGUCAGCGUUCCUCGGCUCUUAAUCUGAGCUGCACCCCUCUUCUCUGUGAGCGGUUCUACACACAGAGCUCAACUUUGACUCCACAGGACAAACAGUGUUAAGGUAAAGAGAGGGGUGCAAAGGAACAGGAUUCUCAAAGGUACACGUGGAGACUUUGAAAAAAGAAAAAAAAAAGACGAUAUUGUUCGCAGGGCCAAAUGUGAAAGGUCUCCCUCCGCCAUCCUGUUUUUUGACACCAUGGAUCUUUAUUGAGUGUGGAAUUUUGUUUCUGCUUUUGUUUUUCGUGCCAGUGGCAUCCAGCAGACAACAAUGUGCUUUACUAUGGAUUUCAGAUGAGACUAAAACUGUUGUGGCUGUGCCAGAGGGAAGUGACUCUCAAUGAAUCAUGCAGUGUGUGAAAGUUGUGUGUGUGUGUGUGUGUGAAUGUGGCCACAACAACCCCAACCAGUGUCCCGUCUUAACUGUGAAGAAUAACAAUAUAAUUAAGUUUCUGUAAGGAUGAGGUCAAUGUUGAAAUUAUUUUAACUUUUUAUAAACAAAUUACAGAGAGACAAAUUUUAUUUUGUGUCUAUUUGAAACUCUAUAUGUGAAGCAAUCAGAGGUUUUGGAUGGUAUGGUUGACCAGUAGCUAGUGAAGUCUCCCAUUGUGGUUGUUUUGUGAUUCCUUGUACCUCAGAACAGAAGUCGCUCCAGACAGCCAUCAUGAAGUUUAAGAAAGCAAUAAUAAGUCAGAGACAUAAAGGGACAAAAAUAAAGCGGAUAUCAUUUGAUAUUUCAGAGUUUAAUGUUUUCUCAGCAAAGCAAACAUGUAGAGUGUAGAGACGUGUGAAAGAGCUGGAUCAAUAUCUCCCCUCUAUUACCCCCUCCCCUCCCCCCCCCCCCCCCCCCUCCCUCCUUCAGUAUCCCAGCUCUGUCUGACCUGACCUGAGCCCCACCUCCCCUUCGGCCUCCGCAGUCCAUUUGAAGGAGGGAAUGUGAGCUGUUACUGUCUGCCUGUCUGACUGGGGCUGUGAGAUGUGAGGCCCGGCCGCUUGGGAGCUCCAUUCAGCCUCUUCUGCCCGACACUGAGCCUCUUUGUGCCCCGUCGAACCAGGAGGAGACUGCGGCAACAAAUAGCCGUUAAGAGUCAGGGACCUACCCUGCACCACAGUCUAGCAGAAUAUCAAUGAGGAGGACAGCAGCUCAAUCCGUCAUGUGAGAUGUACCAACCAGGAUGGGGCAUCUUAUACGCUUCAAACCACUCUGGUUAUUUAGCGUGGGUUUUUUUUUGUUGCCCGGACAGGGAGGACAUGAGGGCUGAGGCCGGGUUUGGGGCAAAGCUAAUCGUCACAAUGCUGAUCCCUUGUGAUUUUAUCCCUUUUCUGUCUUUCAGUGUGUUUCACAACAACAUGGUCUAAAGAAAACAGAUGGGCAUUGGUAUACCAUGGGUGUGGAGUUACUCUUUCACUCCAUUAUCUAAUCUUUUGAUGUUUUUGUCUGUUCUCAUCCGUUCUGGAUUCGAAUGUAGAUCCAGAGAUAGCCUUUUCUCUCCCAUCUGGGUCAUGGCGUGAUGGAGGUGGUGUUUAUGUGUCUGUCAGCUUGUGUGCAUGACUCUCUUUGGGGUUUUGUCCAUGAAUGUGUAACGCAUAUGAAGUGCAAAACAAAACAUCUUUGAUCCAUUUUUGCUGUUAUCUCACGUCUUCGUUUUUUUUUUCUUCUUCUCUGUUGAGCCAUUAAUGUUGUGCAGCAGCCUCAUAUUCACAAAUCUGUGCUAACAGUGUCAGAGCCCUGUGUGGGAGUAGUUUAUGCUAUAUAUUACUUUUAACUCGUUAUUAUUUACACAAAGACCUGCAGAUAUUCUGGAGGAGGUUGGCUCCGCUUGCUUUAAAGGAUCUGGGUCAAAGGAUAAAUAAGCAUUACAUUGACAAGAAAAUGUCUAAUGCCUAAAAUAUAUCAUUACAAGGUUUGAGACUGCAAAAAUAUAUAAAAACUAUAUUUUUUAACAAAACCAAUUUUCAAUUUAGGCGGAAAUAUGUCGCUUCAUAGUGUCAUAUCUAAUUGUCUCUUACUUUAACAUGAACAUAAAUCAUUUUGUUUACCUGUACAGCAGGUUUUAAGUCUCACCUAGCCGCUUAUUUUAGCAAUAAUUCUGGAGAAAAAAAACCCCUGGUCUUUGCUACGAGCAAAGCACCAAACAGCGGAUAAACAAAGUUAGCAUCCAGCUGGUAAACAUAGCAUUUAGCUUCAUUAAGCAUGUAGGAGCAAACAAGCCAGAUAUUUCCCUCAGAUGUUGGUUGAGACCCAAUACAGAGCUAAAAGGUCUCUUUUAUUGGGCCUCUUUUCAUCAGGUAGCAAGAAACAGGACUCAAUAAAUAUUUUUGAAACGACAUCACAUCCACCACAACUAAAUGGAAAGGCAACUCUUUAGUUAUAAUAUGUCAAUGUUAUAUUUACAGAUUGUUUCUGCUGCCACAAUGUUGCCAUAAAAUCAAUAAAGGGUUGAAUGUUAAACGAUUAGUAACUUUUCAGUAUUGUUUGAGGUGUUUUAUUACCUAUGCAAAAAAAAUCAUAGGAAACAAUCAUUUUAUAGUUUCCUCUAAGGGAUCAAAACCUGUUUUUCAUUUCACAGUUAAAGGCACAUUGAUAACACUGUCUAGACAUAAACAAUCAUCCAUUAACUUUUACUCAUAUAAUCUGUGCAAAAUAUUUAAUAUGAUUUCCAUCAAGACCUUUUUGAUUAACUUUACUUUACCAGCCGACAGUUUUUGACACUUUGUGCUACAAACACAUCUCGGUUGGAACCCAAACAGUCCUGCGGUUCAACACCCAGCAGUAAAACACUCCAGAGGCAGAGCUGGAGGUACUGCAGGAGACAGGCCCGUGAAAGAGAUUUAUGAAGCAAGGACAGAGGAGGAGGUCAGGCGGGCAAACAUGAUGUUACUGCAUUACAGCCUCGCCACAUUAGUACAGUGUAUUCUUUACAUAUUCCACCCUGAAACAGGUCAUUAGUAUUGAGGAUACGGAGCUCUCCACCAGCCUCAUCUCUCCGCCUUCAUCUCUGCUGUGACCUGCAUGUCUGUGUGUGUGUGUGUGUGUGUGUGUGUGUGUGUGUGUGUGUGUGUGUGUGUGUGUGUGUGAAUGAGGCUUCUCUUGUCUCGGCUGGCCUGCCCAGCCACCCAUGUCUUAGCUCUGCAUCUCCUCCAGUGUUUCACUAAACAUGCUUGAUUAGGCAAAGUACAUUCCCGGCCCUCUAAUGGCCUGAUGAGCCCUUGAGAAGAUUAUAACAGACACAUCGGCCCCUGAGAGGGAGGUGUACAUUUAACCAACUCUUUACCCCCCUACACACACACACACACACACACACACAUACACACACUUACAUGGAUAUGCACAAAUACUGCCAGCCCUUUAACCAAAUUUGGGAUGCAAUUGAAUUAAGAUCAGAGAUAGAGUUGAGGCUUGAAAUAGGCUGACACUGACUGGUUCUAGGAAAAGUAUGUACACAAUGUUAACUCAAUGACAGCAUAAUUUGGUAGUUCAACAUUACAGGGAAGCUAAAGAAUUCAGGUUUGACUUCAUGAAAGUCAGACUGUUUUUAAAGCCUUCAUGCUCCCUUUUUUGCAUUAUUUUUCCAUUCUUCUUUAUUUUAAAACAGCUGCACUUUGCCUCCUACUUUGAAGCCUUGUCUCUUUAUUGUUCGCACACACAUACGUGGGGCACUUACACACAUAUAGGUAACAUCUAAAAACCACUUCCUAAUUCAAGCCCUAGUUGUUCUUUUGUCCCGUUUGUAACUAUUAAAGUUAAGCUGGUUAAUUUAAUGAGUCACUGGCAGAAACAGAAGUCAAAGUAAUUCUGGAACACCCGCUUUAUUUCACCUCAAAUCUUUAAUGUGUUCGCUUGUUUUUUUUUGGUUUUUUUUGACAUUUUCAAAGCUUCUCAUGCGGCAAAUUGCUUUCCUUUUGCUUAGAAAGGAUUUCUGUUUGGAGUCGUUUUUGUUAAACGUAGCACACACUGCCUCCAGUCCUACACACACACACUCUGUCUUUAUCUCUACCCUGCACAUAUCAACACACAAACAAAUGAAUUUCCCAUCCAGCUCUCAUGACCCAGCCCGUGUGUGUCUUUGUCUCCUUUAUCAGGUUGUGUGUGCGUGCUUGUUAAAGACACCAUGCCUUUGUGUGUUGGGGUUGUUUGUGCCAUGUGGCCCAAGUGAUGCAAUGCCCCCCAGCCAAUAACUGCCACCUUACCCUGCGGUGCUCCGCUGUACUGUGUGUGUGCUCUGUGCCCCAUAAAGAAUCCAGACACAGAGGAUAACUUAAACCCAACAUCGCACUCAGCCGACAUCUGAGAGGAAAAGCACAAAAACAAGGCGGAAAACAAAAUCAGUCUUUGCAUUUUUGUAAACCUGUAGAUGUAUUUAGUCUGCACUGAUCAUUUUUUGUCAUGUUUGCUUUUCUAUUGUUUGUUUCUGUGGUUUGAAAUUAUAUGGAAUUUUAUUGUAUAUGAUUUCAGUUUUUUUUUAUUCUCUGGUGUGCCAGAUUUGGUGAAGACAAUGAACCUGAUGACUAUCAUAAUAAAUAUAUUGACAGGGACAAUGAAGCUGUGAGCAGCACUGAGGUGUUGUGUCCUGAUUGGAUGCUGAAUUUGAAAGGAAAUAUGGAAGCGUAAAUGAACUCAUACGGGCUGAGGUUUUAAAAAAAAAAUAAAAAAUGAAGAGAUUUAUCCUGCAGAGUGGAGUUUCCUGCUACUGUGAAGGACCCUGCCGUCCCCACCAGAGGCCCCUCCCCCCAGGGACCUCGGGGCAGGCUGUCAUCAGAUGACAACACAUGUCUCUGCUACAUGUACAUAGCCCCCGAUGCUUACAUGUAAUUAAAGUACAGUAGCUGCAUGACGACACAGCCUCUGUAUGUGUACAGACGUAGCGAUGUGUGAAUUUGUACAGUAUGUGCAAGUGUGUGUGUGUGCUUGUGUCCGCCAACAAAUCUGUCUGUCAUCACACAAAAAAAAGAACACAUGCAUGCACCAUCGGACAACUGUACAGUGCACACGUACACUGCACACACACACCAAUUACGCACACACACACACACACACACAGACACACCCCACACACAGCAGUUGUUCAUCAUCUCCACAUUGUCCUGAGCUCUGCCUGUCACUCCGCAUGGAGACUUUGCUCUGUGUCAACUUUCUUAUUCUAAUAAACCACUCUGACAUUGA